GCGACGACAUCACAUAGUAGAACUAGCAUCUGAUUUGCAGCAAUAUUCGGUGAAAACAAAGAGAAAAUUUGGUCUAGUAAAAAAUGAGGGGGUUGCUGGUUUUUGUUUUGAUGAUUAAUGUCUGUAAUGGGUUAUUAACUUCUCGAAUUAAUCGUAUGAGUAGCAGCAGCAGCAAUUAUUUGAGCAAGGAAGUGCUGUGGUUCAAUCAGACUCUCGAUCACUUUUCUCCUUAUGAUCAUCGUAAAUUUCAGCAGCGAUAUUAUGAAUAUUUGGAUGAUUUCAGAAUUCCUGAUGGACCGAUCUUCUUAGUAAUAUGUGGUGAAGCUGCAUGUGGUGGCAUAUCCAAUGACUAUAUCAGUGUUUUGGCAAAGAAAUUUGGAGCUGCUGUGGUUACUCUUGAACAUCGGUAUUAUGGGAAGAGUUCCCCAUUUAAAACCCUAACUACAGAAAAUCUGAAAUUUCUCUCAUCCAAACAGGCGCUCUUCGACUUGGCUGCUUUCCGUCAAUUUUAUCAGGAAUCCCUAAAUUUGAAGCUCAAUAGAGCAAACGUUGAGAACCCGUGGUUUGUUUUUGGUAUCUCGUAUGCUGGAGCUCUUAGCGCAUGGUUUCGUCUGAAAUUCCCGCACUUAACAUGUGGAAGUCUUGCAAGUUCUGGUGUAGUUCAUGCCAUUCUCAACUUCACCGAAUAUGAUCAACAGAUUGGCAAGUCUGCAGGGCCAGAAUGUAAAGCUGUAUUACAAGAAGUUACUCGUCUUGUUGAACUAAGGCUUACAUCAGAUGGUGAAGCACUGAAAACUAUAUUUGGUGCUUCUGCGCUAAACGUCGAUGGUGAUUUCUUGUAUUUUCUCGCGGAUGCUGCAGCUGUAGCCUUUCAAUACGGAGAUCCAGAUAAACUUUGCACCCCAAUGACAAACGCGAAGAAGGCUGGAGAGGAUCUAGUGGGUGCAUAUGCAAAAUACGUAAACGAAUACUAUGUUGGUAGUUUUGGAGUUAACAUUCAAUCGUAUACUCAAGAAUACCUAAAGAAAACUACCCUGAGUGAUUCUGAAUCUGGAGAUCGAUUAUGGUGGUUCCAAGUUUGUACUGAAGUUGCAUUUUUCCAAGUGGCACCUGCUAAUGAUAGUAUCCGCUCUUCGAAGAUUGACAUAGGGUACCACUUGGAUUUAUGCAAAAAUGUAUUUGGAGAAGGCGUCUAUCCCGUAAUUGAUGCAACAAAUCUGUACUAUGGAGGCACGGACAUUGCUGGUUCGCAAAUAGUUUUUACAAACGGAUCACAAGAUCCAUGGCGACAUGCAUCCAAACAGAACUCGUCUCCAGGCAUGCCGUCCUACAUUGUCACUUGUCAGAACUGCGGCCAUGGAAGUGAUCUAAGAGGAUGCCCCCAGUCUCAUUUAGUUCCUGAAGGAAAUUCUAAAAAUUGCAGUUCACCCGACGCGGUUAACAAAGUGCGACAACAGAUGAUAGAACAGAUAGACUUGUGGCUGUCUCAGUGCCAUGCUGCAGGUAGGAGUUCAAUGUAAAUAAAACUUGUACUAAUUAGAUUGUCAGCAAUCUACCACGAAGGAAUCGUAUCUUGGCUAUCAUCGUAUGUAUAGUUGCUGUCAUUAGAUCUAUAUGAUCGUUAUGAAUUGCAUAUUGUGCCAUAAUUACAUGAAAGAGGCUAGUAUAUGACCUUCGUUUGUAAGUUUCAAACUUCUAAAUAAGAGAGAUAUCGACA